CGCCUUCGCGCGGCAACAAGUGCGCCGACGUCGCGAACGUCGUCGACACCGCCACCGAGCGGGCAGAAUUGUCGCUGUGUCGCGGGCCCGAAUGGCAGCCAACAUCCGCAGCCGGCAUCCGAUCGACACGUGAGCCGCAGUACCAAGGACUCUCCAGCGAGGAGUAAACACAGUGAACGACGGGAGGACCUUGCUUCGCCGCCGAUGCCUCCAAGCGACACUAGCACAAACAAUCCCACGAUGCUUCGGUUAAUAGUCAUCUGCUUCGCAGUAGUCGCCGCCAGCAGCCAAAGAUUGCAAACUACCACAGAGCGCUACGAGGACACUCUCUACAAGUUCCUUGACCUUCUCGAAGAUGACGACCCAUCACGUGUGCCAGGGGCGCCUGUAUUCACAGGACCAAGAAGCACUUACAGGCCGAGCGUACCUCGAGUGCCGCCUCCUGUACCACCAAGACGCAUAUUUCGGCCAAUCAGGCCAAUCCCCAGCGUAUCAUCACCUUCGUUACCAGGAGGCACCAUCAGGGAUGCCAACGCAUAUAUGGACACCAUAAUACAGCAGAAGAUGCCGCGCCUUCUGAAAGCAUCUCCGAGGCUGUACCCAUCGGCAGUGAUUCCGUUUUUCAAGUUUAAGGUGCUGAAGACGGGCUUCACGAACCGGGACUUGAAGGUGAACAUGACAGCGGGCGUAUUCCGAGGUUUUGAUACGGGCAUCCGGCGCUUGGGUGAUUGCGACAAGCCAUCGCACGUGGGCCGCAACACUAGCGUCAGCUGCACACUCGACUUCAGUGGCAUCACGGCUAGCUUCGUCGCCGUGACCAAAGGAGACGACCUGGCUGGCACCAUCAAGGCCGUCCCCGUGAAUGUGGUGGUGCGCACCGGAGGGGUCCGAAUCGAGGCCACGGCUGCGCCGGGCAAAGAGGCCAUACUGCGCACCUUCCUCAUCGACUACGUCAGCCUGGACGUCGCCCACGGAGCCAACCUGAGCCUGAACGAGGACCGCGACAGGGGUUUCAAGCACCACGUGCGCAUCAAUGUUGCCCGAGAGUUGGACGCGCUCAUGCACGAAGAGUACGCGCCGCUCCUGGGGCGAGCUAUUGCCACGACGGACCUGCCGAAGGCCGCCUGAGGCGUGCACAAGGUGGCUCACCGUAGCUUGCUCAGAAAUAUCAGCUGAAGCUGGAAGUGCGAUUAUUGCCGGUGAUUUGCCUUCACUUACAGCGCUCAAGAGCACAGCCUUCGGUGGACACUUUAAGAGAAACAUCAAACCUUUUAGGCUGGCGAGGUACUUGCAAUAAUUUCCUUGUUGAUUCUUCGGUGGAAUGCUGAAUUUUGAGAUAAAAAUUGAGACCAAUUUUUUUUUUGCUUUAGGGUAAUUCGUCUGAAGCAUUGUACGAACUUCAUCAUAACUUAGCAUACGUAGCAGUAAAUUACCUAAAGCACGAACUUCAUUUUAACUUAGCAUAUGCUACAGUAACUUAGCUAAAGCACGAACGUCACAGUAACUUGGGAUAUGUUGAGAAAGCUUGUCUUUUCUGAGAGCAUAGGGCGGAAAUGUUACAAUGUCGUGUGCGAGCUCACUUUCGAAGACAAUGCAAUUCUGCUUUUUCAUUAAAUGUUAUCUAAUAAGUGAACUCGACGCGUGGGAGACGCUACUGAAAACAACGUCGUCGCGAAAAUUUGGUAUAGGAAUCCAAUGGUUGCGUUUCUACGCUUAUUUUUGUUUGCCUUUUCUAUUUUACGAAGGUGAAUCUAAAACCCAUUCCCCAUUACCCAUACCCAUACCCAUUCGAAAUUUGAAAUGUAGAGCCUAUUAACCCAACUCGGUUUGACACUUCUCUUCAGUCUAAACUUCUGGUUUUCACUCUGCAGGCGAAAGCAAUUUCGUUUGAGAAGGGAUUUUCUGAGACAAGCUUCAGUGAAAUUCUGCAUGUCAAAGGGUGAUAUUUUUCAGAACUGAACUUCUGUAAUGAUGCGAAAGGAUGCUUGAGCAAAAUUAUUAAAGCGAAUAUUGACCCAUUUCGUGACGGCCCACAGUUUCAAAGGUACGUCCAGCAAUCAUGUGAUAUAACAAGCGUUGAUCAUGUGUUUGAGAGCGCGAAGACUAAGGCUGCAUUUGCAGCAAUGGUCGCUGAAGCUCUGAACUAUGAAGUGACGAACGGAGCUCUGUUUUUAAAAAAAAAAAAUGUGUCUUGCUAGUCUUUUAAUAAUAUCGCAGUUUUAUUUUUGUUUAUUUCGAGAGUAUGCCUCUACUUGUGUUGUCUUGUUAUAAUUCAAACCACUUACCUGCUCAAAUCGAAAGCCAUAUUUUUUCUCGGGGUCGGAACAGGACUAAGCAGGCGUCUUCACGAACGCAGCUACUGUUAGCUGAUACCGAUUACAUUUGAAAAGAGUAGCUUGCCUUUUCGGAGCUUGCAAUGUGCCCAGCUGUGAUCUGGUUUUGGGGCGCACCAGCGUUUUCCACAAACCGGUUUCACUUCGUGUGUAAGGCGCUAAAGUUGAAAUGCGCGCACUGCUUCUAACAGGCACGCAGAUGUCUGCCGCGGUAAGAAACCGACAGUGACAUACAAGCUACCGAAUAAAGCAUAUUGUUUCCGA